CAAAAAUAUAUAAUUAUAAAAUAUAUUUACUCACAACAAUAUUUUUGAUUCUUCCUUGGACCACUGCACGCAAUUGAGUCUUAGAGCUGAGCUGAUCGAGCGAGCACUGUUUACAUUGUCAAAAUUGCAAGUCGACCGAUUGAUAAGAAAAUGUUCAGCUGGAAUCCGAGACGAUAUUGGGAGUUUUGGCCGUACGAGUUGCCGCUGCACCACUUUCCGGGCCAGCCAGAACUGCCGCAGGAGCCACCACUGCAGCGGCCGCUGCGACAAUUGCGAUAUGUGCUGCACUUCGAUGAGCCCGCCGAGGCGCACAAUGACACGGCUCAGAAGAUAACCUUUAUGAAACGCUGCUAUAUACUGGGCAGCAUUUGCAUCGUGAUUAGCUUAAUGCAGUGGCUGCAGUUCACAGCGCUAGUAAAGAGUACUCGCCUGUUUUUGCUGCCCGGAUUUAUCUGUAUGCUGGUGGCCUUCGCUGCGCUUUUGCUGCUCACCUUCUGCAUGCGUUGGCGCGCCCACUUCUGGUUCGUAUGCGUCUUCACCGCGAUAUUUAUGGAGGCCGUCGUACUGGGCAUUGUGAUGCUACUGCCCAAUCGUUCGAUCAUCAAUAUUCUGGCUGCUUCCGCGGGCUCUAUCGGUGCUCUUUUCAUCUUUUAUCUACUGGGUGCCUUGCUGCCUAUGGUUGUGUUGCCCGGCAUCAUAAGCUUCUCCAUAAUUCUUAUCGUGUUCACAAUCGCCAGCGCCACAGUCCUCAUUUUGUUCAUAGUGACGGAUCAGAACAAAUAUCACGCUAUCUACUUUGGAAUCCUUUUCUUUGCAACGAUACCCAUGUCGCUGUUUCAUGCUCAAAUCGUGCACGGCCGCAGAUAUCAAGUGCCCAUGGAGGAAUAUGUUAGCUGUGCUGUUAUUAUCUGCAUGCACUACACUCUAUUCUCCAUGGCUAUUUACUAUUAUUUGUGGAUUUUCAACUGGUGAACCUCAGCGAAUAAUUGA